AUGGUUUAUGCUACAUGCGUACACUUACGUUCAAAAUAUUACACAAUAAGGGAAGCGAUGGGUGUGAAGAAUGGUACUACGAAUAUAUCGAAGUGCCCGUAUCCUGUGAAUGCUUUCUAG